CUGUUCUCUAUCGCCGCAAUUGAUUGAUUGUCAUAUAAAACUGCAACCAUGUACCCUUCUUAAUCUCAUCUCAUUUCAUUCCAUUCCAUUCCAUUGCUUCUUCCUCACUGUAACUAGACGUAACCAAUUUCACUACAGCAAUCAACAAUGUCUACUGUUGCGAUGACGUGUAACCGAUUGAGCUCGUUUCUGAAAGACAAAGGCAGUCUAAGAGAUAUCGGAAUCAAUGCAACUUUUGAUGUCAACGGAAAACCAGAAUCAUCUUCGCCUAUGACAGAGACGAACAAGACGACUGUUGAUUUGUUAAGCAAAAUAGAAAGUCCGGUCCAGAUGUCGGAGAAAACAGAAAAAUCUAUAAAUCAUCUUCCUCAAUACGUUACAGUAGAUUCGUUCUGUAAGCCAGACGAUUCGUCAAACAAAGCUGUUUCGGGUGAAGUGGUUGAACCGAAGACGGCACAAAUGACUAUUAUAUACAGAGGACAAGUAUUGGUGUUUGAUUCUAUAUCUGCUGAUAAAGCCAGAGAUAUGAUGUUAGCAGGUGGAGCUUUUUUUGAUCAUCAAAGCCAGAAACGAAUUCCUCCAUCUCUCUCGGAAUUAGAAAUAAACGAAUCGGAUUUGCCGAUAGCGAGAAGAUCGUCACUUCACAAGUUUUUAUCGAGGAGGAAAGACAGAGCAACCGAAAGUGCUCCUUAUCAGUUGCCGAGUCGGUUAAUGGCAGCUCCUUAUAAGUUUGAUCUGAAUCUGUAAUCAUAGUCUCAUAGAUCAACAAAAAUUUGUUUGUAGUUCUGGUAUGUUGAUUUAUGGAUUACACAUUCAUUCAAUUUCUCAUGGUUUCAGUUCAA